AUGCCUUGUAUCAACUUCUCUUGGGCUGUUGGUUCGAAGAACUUCACGGCGUUUCUCUCCAUGACCUCCUCCAUGGUUGGAUCAAUGGCAGCUUUGGAAAUUGUACACUUCAUCGUCUUCGCUGCAAGAACCCAUUCCACCACCGCAACCAUGCAUCUCAUGUACACCCUUGACGCCGAGGGCACCCGUGUCUACACCCUCAAGAAGAUCAACGGAGGCGAGGUCACCAAGAGUGCGCAUCCCGCGCGCUUCAGCCCGGAUGACAAGUACAGCCGGCACCGCGUGACGCUCAAGAAGCGUUAUGGGCUUUUGUUGACGCAGCAGAAGGAUCUUAAGGUUCUGGGACAGUAG